UCAUAUUUAAUUAUUGUGUCAAAAUCAUUUAAGAUUGAUUGACAUGAAUUCUAAAUGCUUAAUUAUUUAAAUCAAGAUGGUAAAUAAAUUUAAAAAGAAAAAAUCUAAUCUAGUAUUCGACGCAGAAGAACGAAAAGAAUACUUAACAGGAUUUCAUAAACGCAAAUUGUUACGGAAGCAGAUAGCUGUUGAAAAUUUUGAAACACUAAUAAAAGAUGAAAGGAAUAAAAUUAAGAAAUUAAAAAAAGAAAAUAUUCAAAAAUAUAUAAAAACAACAACAGAGUCAGCAGUUAAUAAAAUAAAUCAAGUAUAUGAGGAAAGUUACUUAUCAACUAAUGAUUAUCCUGAGCAACAUGUUACAAUUACCAGCUUAACAAAUUAUGAUUUAACAAAUCAAAAUACAUUAUUAGGAGUUAAUGACAUGUCAAUACAAACUUGUGAUUUAGAAAAGAAAGAGAAAGGCCUAGAUAAAUCAAAUCAGCAAGAAAUAGAAGUGCGUAAAAAUAUUGAAAAGUUAUCUAUAAUUUUGCAAAAAAUUAAAAAUCCUUCUAAAAAGAAACAUCGGAAGAAGAAAAAGAAACCAAAGAAAAAGAAGAAUAAAUAGUGAUAUUUAUAAAUCAACCUGGCCUGAUUUUUUUAAAAAUAUAUUAGGCCCGACCAACGUUUGCAGAUCUCUAGUAUAAAUAACAUAUCUGGAAAUUUUCUCA